UUUUUUUUUUUAAUGAUUUUAAUAUCCCACCAGCUUCUACCUACGUAUAUAUAAACAAAUCCCUUACCAGUUACCUCCAAAGAAAAGAAAAAGAAAGAAUGGGGAAUUGUCUAAGACAUGAGUCCGAAAUGCAUUGGGCUGGUGAAGAUUGGGAUGAAUUCAUCAACGAAGAUGAAGAAGAAGAUCAUCAUCAUCAUAGCUCUACAACUUCCACUAAGGCUAAAACAGUAGUUGUUAGAGGUGACAGUAAAGCCUCUGAUCCAUCUCAUGAGAUCAAGAUCAGGCUAACGAAGAAGCAACUUCAGGAUUUACUGAGUAAAGUCAACGUCCAUGACUUGACCUUUCAGCAAGAGGCUCUCUCGUGUCCGAGUCUGGCCAAUACGUACGAAGAAUCCAAUCAGCAACGGUCGUGGAGACCGGUUUUGCAGAGCAUACCAGAGAACAAACAGAACGAUCCAGUAGCAGAGAAGUAUCGGCCAAAACACAGGAAUGUUGAAGAAAGCAAGGAAUGUCAUCAGCUUUAG